AUGGCAGUAGAAUCGUCAGCCGUCAGAGUAACUUCAUCAAUUCCAGAAUCAGCUGAAGGGCUAGUUUUUGCUUCGGUUAAACUAGGAGCAGUUACGUUCGCUGUUGCUGGAGUUGCGGUGUCUAAAAGUGACUCAGAAGUUGAGUCUUCUUUUGUAGAACCAGUACUGUCAGUUGUACCGUCUACUUUGGAUUCAGAAGGCUUUUCUGUGGGUUUGCCAUCAGCAGUUGUACCUUCUGUCGUAGAAUUAGAAGCUGCUUUUUCUGUAGAAUCACUAACAGCAGUUAGAUUUGCUUUCAAUUUGUCCUCAGAAGAUGUAGGUUCUACUAUUUCGCCAGCAGUGAUAGCUGUAGGAUCAAUUGUUGAAUUCAAACCAGGAGUCAUACUUUCGGGUGUUGGAGUAGCAGUUGAAUUAUCUUGGGGAGUUUUCUGUUCUUCUGUUGAAUUAGUAGAAAGAGUUGUGCUUGUUGAGUUAUCAGCAAGAAUUGGAGUUGUUGCAUCUGUAGAAUUAUCACUAGGAGUUGUUCCAUUUGUCGAAUUUAGACCAGGUUGCAUUGUACCAUCUGUAGAAUUAAGACUUGGAGUUAAUUCCGUUGAAUUACCACCAGGCAUCGUUGUUGCAUCUGUAGAAUUAUCACAAGGAGUUGUUCCAUUUGUCGAAUUUAGACCAGGUUGCAUUGUACCAUCUGUAGAAUUAAGACUUGGAGUUAAUUCCGUUGAAUUACCACCAGGCAUCGUUGUUGCAUCUGUAGAAUUAUCACUAGGAGUUGUUCCACCAGUCGAAUUGCCAACAAGAGUUGAAUUGUCUGCUGUUGAAUUUUUAUCGAGGGUUGUACCAUCUAAAGUAGAAUUAUCAGGCAAGUUAGGACUUGUACCGUCUACAUUUUCUGUCGAAUUACCAUCAGGACUUGUUAUUCCUUCUGCUAAAUUGGUAGCAAGUGUCGUUGCAUCUUCAGUAGAAUUACCACCAGGAGUUGUUCCAUCUUUUCCGUCUGACCCUACACCUGUUAACGUUGAAUUGUCAUUAGUUGCGUUCGCGGGUAAUGCUGUCUUGUUACAAGUCGGAUUCGCGGGUGAUGUUGUGUUGUCACUAGUCGCAUCCAAAGAAGUUACAUUUGUAUCUGGUGCAUCGGAUAAUGUUGUACUGCUAUCAGCCGGAUCUAUUGAUGAUACUGUCGAGUUAUCAAUGGUUCCAUUUGCUGGCACUGUUGAAUUAUCUGCUGUAGUUGUUCCAUUCAUUAAUCCUCCAGUAGUAUCCGUCAAAUUGGAUGCUGGUGUUGUAGUUGAAUUACCAUCAGUACUGUUAGACACAGCAGUUGCGGUCGCUGAUGAUGAAGCGCUUGCUAAAGAGCUUGCUGAAGAGCUUAGAUCCGAUACACUGAACUCUUUUUCUAGAGGAAUAACUCCAGGAGGUGUCGGUGUAGCAUCUUCUGAAGAUUAUCGGUACAUUUGUGUUUUCAAUUUACUGAGACCACCCAGCUGCAUCUUUAGAAACAAUUUAAAAGGUCAUUUAUCAUUUAUUACCCAGGGUUUUGUUUUACCAGAAAGAGAAGGUUGCUCAACAUUCAAAAUUUGA